AACAUUUAUUCAAUUAUGUUUAUGAUUUAAAUUACAGUAAAGCAAAACACGUGAUUAAAAUAAAUUGUUUACAAAAUUUUUUUAAUUUUUUUCUGGCCAUCAAAUAGUUGUAAUCUAAUGGAUCUAAUGAUGAAUAAGUAGUUGUUUUUUUUGUGUGCCAACCAUUGAUGCGCGCAAUGAUCUACCGUUUAUGCUGUCAAUGUUAUCGCCGAUUGCUGGCCGCCGCCAAUACCGUUACAACCAAUGAUGCCGUUAUCGGCGGCGGCGUCGGCGGUAAAAGUCUACUACUUGUUGAACAUGGCCUCCGACAUCAUCAUCACCACCAGCGCAGUAGUAGUAGUAGUAGUAGUAAUCAACUGUCGGUCCUAUUCUACGGUUCGGAUGACUUUAGUUUGCCAACACUGCGACUAUUGGCCGAUAACUAUCAAUUGGCAGCCGCCGUCGAUGAUGAUGAUGGCGGCGACGGUGGUAGUGGUCAACAACAACAACAGCGACAAGUGAUCCGCCAAUUGGAUGUUGUGUUGAGUUCGCCGAAGAACAUUAUCGCCCGCUAUGCACACGACCGUCAACUCACUUGCCAUGAGUUUCCGUACGAUUUACCGCCGACUGAUGGUGUCUACGAUAUCGGUGUUGUCGCCUCGUUUGGUCAUCUGAUACCCGGACGGGCUAUCAGAUCCUGUCGAUUAGGUAUGCUUAACAUUCACGGUUCACUAUUGCCCCGAUGGCGCGGUGCGGCACCAGUCAACUAUGCCGUACUUAAUGGCGACCAGCGAACCGGUGUUACCAUUAUGAGGAUAGCGCCCAAACGGUUUGACAUCGGCGACAUAGUAGCCCAGGCCGGCUAUCCGGUGCCGCCGAGGAUUACGGCCCGCCAGCUCAAGGCUGAGUUGGCACCGAUUGGCGCCCAAUUGUUAUGGGAAUGUCUGUUAGAUAUUGACAAUAAAUUACUGAAUAGUAGACCGCAAUCAAGUUCUGGCAUUACAUACGCACCCAAAUUUGAUGACUCGUACGGUCUGAUCGAUUGGUCAACAAUGACGGCUACCGAAGUUGACCGUAGAUUUCGGGCAUUCAUCGAUUUCAUUGACAUAUACAGUCACUGGACAGACGGUUCGCGACUUCGGCUCUACGAUUUGGUCGAUCCGGAACUGGUGGCCACAUUUGAUCUGAAGAGGUUGUCCGGGUAUGACGACACUGGUCGUCCCGGACCGGGUUGUAUUUAUUAUCAUAAAAAACGUCGACUAUUAUGUGUGUCCAGUGCCCAGAAUACGUGGUCGGCAUUCGGUUCGGUAGCUGUCAAAGGCCACAAACGUAUGUCUGCUCAUCAGUUUAACAAUGGUUUUAUUAAACGACUAGAAACUAGUGUACCCAUAAUGUUGAGGUCGGAUAUGUCUAGUAGUAGUAGUAGUUUAUAG